AUGAUCGCACUCAGCCCCGCGCUGCCGCCGCCUCGGCAACCGCACAGCGCGCAAAUAUGGCUCAGUGACUCUGACAAAAGGUGCAGCCUCCCUGCCGGCGGGGCGGACGCCAGACCUCCCAGCUCGGGCCGUGCUUCCCCGCGGGGCCCCGGAAGAGGCCCGCGUCCCUCAGGCAUCCCAGCCCGGCGCGUAAGAAGAUGCCCCAGGCCUUCCGUCCCAGCGUGCCCGCACACCUUCCCGCAGCUCGGUAAAGUCAGGAGUGGGGGCGGAGCGGGGGAGGGGAGGGCGCCAGGCGCGCGCACUUCCCUCAGCCCGGACCUGCGGUUUAGGCACCACUGCUGGGGCCGCGGGCGCCCGCUGCGGCUGGAGGGCGACCAAGCCACAGGGCGUGGAAUGGCCUCGGCGCUCCCGGCCACCCCCGCGGGGAGGGGGCACAAGUGGUGCGUUCCAGAGCGCGCAACCCCCUUCCGCGACUCCCCCCGACUCCUGAAAGCCAAGGGAGUCGGGAAGCCAGCGGAGCGCCAGGCGCGCGCCCCGAAAGACCGGCGCUCGGCGUCCCGACUCGCGCUACGGAAAGCCGGAGGGGGGCGGGGCCGCGAGGCGUAA